GUUAGUAAAUUCUGUUCGCAGUUUCAAAGUUGGGCUUUCAGUUAUUGUUUGUAGAGACAUUGAUGGUGAUCUAUAAAGUGAUCUUAGCCUGUCAUACUGCAUUAAUGGAUCAACAUUAUCAACUGAACAACAAAAGUCACGUAAUAUGGUACGAGGUGGUCGAGGUGGAAUGAUUAGAGGAGGUAGAGGUGGUAUGGGACGUGGAAUGGGAUUUCCUAGGAAACAAUUCCUUCCACGCCAUCCAUUUGAUUAUACUUUGUGCGAAGCUGCAUUUCCACGCGUUAAACCCGCACCAGAUGAGUCAGAUUUUCAGAUGGCACUGUUAAAAAAGAAUACAGAUAUGUGCCCUACAGCAAAGGAACAAACUUCCAUUUUAAAUCUAGUAACUAAGCUACAGACUGUACUGGAUAAUUUAAUAGUUGCUCCAGGCAGUUUUGAAGCUUGUCAAUUGGAAGAAGUGAGACAAGUAGGUAGCUUUAAAAAGGGGACAAUGAUCAAGGGUCACAAUGUAGCUGAUAUUGUUGUGAUUCUUAAAACAUUACCUACUAAGACAGCGGUUGAAGCACUUGGUACAAAAGUUAAUAAUGACUUGAAGAGUGUUAAUCCCAAAGAAAUUUUCAGACUGACUCACACAGAGCGUGGCUUUGAUAUUGCUAAUAAUGAGGCCACAGUGCGUGUAUUAAUCACUACUCUACAUCAGAACUUGAGAAAAUUAGAGUCAGACCAGCAUUUAGAUGUAAAGAUAUGCCAAGGCCAUCUUGCUGCAAUCAGACAUUCUCGGUGGUUUGAGGAAAAUGCUCACCAUUCCAGUAUAAAAGUUUUAAUAAGAUUACUUAGAGAUUUGAGAAGUAGAUUUGAAGGUCUAGAGCCAUUAUCUCCUUGGAUGUUAGAUUUAUUGGCACACAAUGCUAUAAUGAAUAAUCCUAGUAGACAAGCAUUACCAAUAAAUCAGGCAUAUAAAAGAGUACUUCAGUUACUUGCUUCUGGACUCUUCCUUCCAGGAUCUGCUGGUAUUUCCGACCCAUGCGAAGGUGGCAAUAUACGUGUACAUACAGCUAUGACACUAGAACAACAAGAUUUGGUAUGUCUUACAGCCCAGACAUUAUUACGUGUGUUAGCUCAUGGAGGCUACAGGCCAUUACUUGAGGGCACUAAUAAACUUGCUGUAGAGAUGAGUGUAUGGGCAGGUGGUGUAGUUGCUAGUCCUUUAGACAAAGCAUAUGAACCUCCUACAGAACAAGAGCAGCAAGAAGAUAUGGAAGAAUGUAAUGAAGAGAUGAUUACAGAGAGUGCUUAGCUUUUUAUUCAUUGUAGUUGUGUUUUCAUUUAAUGUCCUUGCUACUAUAGGGCAAAAGUUAUGUACUAUUUUCUAUAAUGAUGUAUUCAUGAUCUUGAUCAUUUGAUACAAAAGUUAAUGUAUUCAGUAUUGCAUACGAAUUUCAAGAAUGUAUGAUUUUUUAUUAACGACUAGUGCCGAUAAUUUUACGUGAUGAAAAUGUAUGACUUGUAUAUGACAUUUCAAAUAAAAUCCGAAUUAUAUCUA